AUGCGUCUUGGAGGAUCAGUGUUGGACUGCAGUUGUCUGCUUGCAUCAGCACAAUUGGGAGCGGGCAAAGCAUCCACUCAGACCAAAAUAGUGGAUGAAGAUAAAUAUGCAAAGGAACAAGAAUUUAACUUUGAAAAAGCUCGUCUGGAAGUGCACAAGUUUGGAAUCACUGGCUACAAGAAGCAGGAACAACGCAUAUGGGAACAGGAGCGUGCUAUCAUGCUGGGAGCCAAGCCCCCCAAAAAGGAACAUGUGAACUACAAGACUUACCAAGAGAAAAUGAAAGAGAAAAAAGCAGCAAAGGAGGAUGAUAAGGGAAAGGAACAUAAAGGUGAUUCUCUCAAAAAGAAGAAGAAGAAAGAACAGAAGGAGAGGAAGGCCAAAAGGAAGAAAUCAGUGCCUAGCAUUUGGCCUGCAGGACAAGUUGGAAAAUUCAGAGAUGGGACCUUGAUUCUGCAAAGCUAUGACAUAAAGAAAAUUAAAUCAUCUAAAGUUAUCAAAUGAACUUACGAUAGAGUGAAAUGGACAAUAUGCGUAAGAUAGAAUUCAUGUUGCUACCAACACAGACUUACAGAGCCUCUCACCUUCCCGACAUAUCCUCAUUUUUUUACUUUAUUUUUUGUUGCAGGAUUUCUAUGUUCCAUUCUGCCUUGGGAAAAAUAUGAGAAUUUACCAUUUUAUAAAUAAAAAUAAGACUCUUUAUUAAGAAUGUUACACAGGCUAUUUUUAUUAGUCAAUGCAUGCUAAAGAAAGCAUUUAACUUUCUGGAAUCAGUUUAUUUGCUAUAAGUAAAAUAUUCAUUUAAUCAUUCAUUCAUUUAAUCCAUAAUUAAUGAAUUAAAAUAUACAGCUCUUUGCUUUCAUCUGGAAGGAAUAUGGAAAAAGCAAUACCUUACUUGCUCUGAAGCUGAAGUAGGUAUUCUCAAACAUUUAUCAUGCAUACAUCUAUCUCUGUAUCUUUAUGAAUUGUUAGUGGAUUGUGGAAGUGCAGAACAGUGUUCCUGUCCAGGCAAACCUCUUAACGUUUCAAAAUUAUCUGCUUUGGAAUGAAAAUGAGAUCCUCUGAAGUUUUUUCCCAAAUUGAGUUACAGACUCAAUUUAUAUCUCUGCAGAGAUCUCCAAAUAAGCACUGUUUCAAAUGGUGGUUUGGUGGCUUGAUUGGUUGUUUUUUGAAAAUGGAACCAUGUAAGACUGAGUCAAAUGAGGCGUAGACACUCGAUAACUACUGGUUUUUCAUGCUUAACUCAUGUUUAUUUUGAUCAGUGUUCUCAUGUCUCAUAAGGCUUUUCUAUGAAAUCUUUGUCAAAGCUGAAGUUUCAGUGCUAUUUGGAUUUCAGUAAUUUGGUGUUUCUGUAAGAACAGUUUUGUCCUCUGUAGCUAAAUAUUUGUUUGAUUUUAAAGUUGUGUUAGUAACCCUCCAAAAUGUCCUCUCCCUCCUACCUCAAGAUAAAGAAACUUCAAAUAUUUUAGGGGGAAGCAAAAACAUGGUUAACUGUUAAAUGACAGACAAAAAAGUUCAUGUUGUGCUGUUUAUAGGCAAGGUUAUUUGGAGCUUGUUUUGAACACCUGUGAGAGAUGACUUGUAACUCCCCAAAAACAGGCCCUGAGAGAAACAGGUCUGCAAGAAAAAACAGCCUGGGAGAGGUAAGGGAUGGGGGGUAGCAGAGGACCUCUGAGCCGAGGAAUGUCUCAAGCAGUUGCAAGUAGUGAAACUAUAGUCAUGGGGUGGAUAGUGUAGAGUUUGGAUCUGAUAAGGCUGCCUGGACAGCACAGGGAUGCAGCUGGAGAAGGGAGCUCUGUGAAGGCAGGAUGAUUCUGCUCUGCUGCAUCUUGUAAAGUUUCAAGGGCCAUCUGUUCAGUGAAUGACCUUGGCUUCAUUAUCCAGAAAAUGCAUAUUAAAGUUGACACCCCUGAAUAUGCUAAUAAAGAUUAACAGGAUCGUGCUAAUUACAUGAUCCCAUGAAGCACCCUACCCCUCUCCAUACAUGGGAUACAUAGGUAUGUGGGUCAACCAAUGGUACGGACCCAAGGAAAGUGUGUGUAAAUUGAGGGCAGGGUGAGGAGUGAAAUGGAGGGAAGAAAAGAAGACAUGAAGAAGUGAGGAAGAUGGAUGCAUCCCUGACAAACUCAGAUGGGACCAACGCAGGAACCCAGGCUGGUGUUUGCUAUUUUUCUGUUCUCUCUCUCCAUCUCCCUCCUUUAUUUUUUUCCUUUUUUUUUUUUAUCCCUUUAUCCUCGCUACCAUUAAGUGACACAAGGCAUACU